AUGUCGUCCUCCCGCUCCGAAGGCUCGCGCCAGAAUGCGCACGAAAAGGCGCGCGCCGUCAUGCUCUCCGAGUUUGAGCGGCAGAAGGCCGACCUGAAGCGCGAGGCCGAGAAGAAUGCACGCCCGGCAAAGGAGCGCUUCACCGCCAAGAGCGAGAGCAUCGAGGAGACGCUCAAGAAGCAGACCGUCGGCCUCGUGUCCGCCGAGGACUUCAAGCGCAGGAGAGAGGAGCUGGAGGAGGAGAAACGCAGGGAAAUGGGCAAGGGCGAGGCCAGCACGCUGACGCUCGCCAAGGGCAUCCUCACCUGCAGCAGCUCGGCGGAGCGCAAGAAGAAGCGUGCCAAGGCCUCUCGCGCCGUGCUCUCCUUCGAUGCCGAUGACGGCGACGACAUAGCGCCGGCACCGAUCAAGCGGUCAAAGGCUGCAUCGUCCUCUGCAGCAGGCAAGACGAGCCUCAAGAACCCCGAGGUCGACACGUCCUUCCUGCCCGACCGGGCACGCGAGGAGGAGGAGGCCAAGCUGCGCGAGGAGCUGCGAAAGGAGUUCUUGCGGAAACAGGAGGAGCUGAAGCGAGAGGAGAUCGAGAUUACCUACUCGUAUUGGGACGGCAGCGGACAUCGCAAGAGCGUCAAGGUGCUCAAGGGCGACACUGUCGCGACGUUCCUCGAAAAGUGCCGGCUGCAGUUCCCCGAGCUGCGCGCAGCCAGCGUCGACAAUCUGAUGUACAUCAAGGAGGAUCUGAUCAUCCCGCAUCACUACACCUUUUACGACUUCAUCAUCAACAAGUCGCGCGGCAAGUCGGGCCCGCUGUUCAACUUCGACGUGCACGACGACGUGCGGCUGCUGGCUGACGCGCGUGUGGAGAAGGACGAGUCACACGCUGGCAAAGUCGUCGAGCGCUCGUGGUACAAUCGCAACUCGCACGUCUUUCCCGCCAGCCGCUGGGAGCAGUUCGAGAUGGGCAAGUCGUACGGCAACUACACGAUUGCCGACCGGACAUAG